AUGCGGGCCCACUACCUUUCCGUGCUCGUUGUUGCAGCCAUUGCGUUGUGCAGUGAUCUUGUUUCAGCAAUGGGAAGUGAACGCCACCUUAGAGACCAGGAAAUGGUUGCUGAUCAAGACGCCACCAACAUCGAAGAGCGAGCGAUCUCGGAUAUCGCCAGAAGUGUCAAGGAGUGGGCGCGAAACACGAAGGCGUUGUCUGACGAGGACAAGGUGGCCAAGGCGAUGGCGCUGCUUAACAAGGAGGCUUCCUUUAAAGUCCUGUACAAGCACAAACUGACACCGGAUCAUGUGUACACGGCGCUCAAACUGCAGAUUAGGAUGAGGAGUGCGUACGGUUCUGGGAAGUGGAACAGCCUUUUGAAGAGCGAGGACUACCUCUUGUGGCAAGAUUACUACUCAUUCUGGAAUCUGGCGCAAAGAAGCAAGAACGUGUAG